CUUCAGCUGCUGGCCAAUCGCAGUCCGGCCUGCUGGUGCGCGUGUGUUGCUCGCGCGUGGGGGUUGAAGCGAAGACGCGUGAGCGAGGCGACUAGCGAGGACUCGGCUCAUCUAGAGAGAAAGGAGCUGAUACGUGGUCAUGGAUGCCAAUAAAGGUAAAGGUGAUCAUGUGAUGCAAAAUCCAGGUGGGCAGAUGGACAGACCUGUCAGCUUUCACUUCUUGGAAAGCAUGCUUCCCAAAGCAGUGAAGAGGCGAGUGCAUGCCUUGAAAAGGCUACAGGUGCAAUGUGCUAACAUAGAGGCUAAAUUCUACGAGGAGGUCCAUGAGCUAGAAAGGAAGUAUGCUGCCCUCUAUCAGCCACUGUUUGACAAGAGACGAGAUAUUGUCACAGGAACAGUGGAACCCACAGACGAGGAGUGUGAGUGGCAAAGCGACAAGGAGGAAGAGGAGGAGCUAGCUGAGGAGGUGAAGGAAAAAGCUGCUAUUGAGGAUGCAAAGAAAGAGGAAGCCACGCCAGAGGAAGACCCAAAGGGCAUUCCUGAAUUCUGGCUUACCAUAUUCAAGAGUGUGGACAUGCUCAGUGACAUGCUUCAGGAACAUGAUGAACCCAUCCUAAAACACCUGAAAGAUAUUCAAGUCAAGUUUUCUGAGCCAGGACAACCAAUGAGUUUCACAUUAGAGUUCCACUUUGAGCCUAAUGGUUACUUCAACAAUGCAGUUCUCACUAAAGUCUACAAGAUGAAGUCGGAGCCUGACGCCUCAGAUCCUUUCUCAUUUGAGGGGCCGGAGAUCAUUGACUGUGAAGGCUGUCAGAUAGAUUGGCACAAGGGGAAGGAUGUGACAGUGAAAACUAUUAAGAAGAAGCAGAAGCAUAAAGGCCGUGGGACCGUCCGCACUGUUACCAAACAGGUUCCCAAUGACUCUUUCUUCAACUUCUUUAAUCCUGUCAAAGCUUCACCAGAUGGAGAAAUGGACGAAGACUCCGAGUUCACCCUAGCCACAGACUUCGAGAUUGGUCAUUUCUUCCGUGAAAGAAUAGUUCCCAGAGCAGUGCUGUAUUUCACUGGGGAGGCCCUGGAAGAUGACGAGAGUUUUGAAGAGGAGGAGCUGGAAGAAGGAGAUGAAGAGGAACAAGAUGAGGAGGGUGAUGAAGAUGAUGAUGAGGGAGACUUUGACCCCAAGGCAUAAUCAAACAUUCUCACCCCAUGCAUUUCUAGAAAGAACAGCCCCAGCCUGCCGAAUGCAAACGUCAUUAACCGUGAUGAUCAGGAGAGGUGGAAACCUGCUGUCCGUCAAAUCAAUCAAAUCAAAUCAAAUCUCUUUUUACUGUGCAGCAAAAUUCAAUUUGAUACUCUCAUAUUACAACAACAGAUAAACACUAAAAACAAACAAGCCAUAAACCCGACAAGCUUAAAACAUGUAGUGUAGCAAAAAAUAUUCUGCAUUCGGUCAUAGCAGCCAUAACAGUAAAGUGCAACAGUGAAGUGAAAGAUUUUAAAGUGCAAACAGUUCAGUUCAGUUGUUACAGGUGGAGGGAAGAAGAUGUUCCUCACUCUGUUAGUCUGAGUCCUUCUGAAUAAAGGCGGAGGGAUCAACAGUUUGUGACCUGGGUAGGAGGAAUCGGUGGCAAUACUGCUGGACCUCCUCUGAAAACAACCAGCAGAUGCAGUGCCCAAGACAGGAAGAGGACUCCCCAUAAUCCUCUGGGCUGUUUUUACCAAGUCCUUCCUGUCUUGUGCUGUGUCACGCAGUCAUACAGAGAGGAAAGUCCCGCCUAUAUGAGCUUCCUCAGGUAGAAGAGCCUCUGCUGAGCCUUCUUCACCAGGUGGGAGGUGUUCAAGGCCCAGGUGAGGUCAGCUAGACUCCCAGGAAACUGCACUCCACUUCCUUCUUAUGAAUGAACAGUGGAGUAUGUGCUGUCUGUCGGUGGUUCUGUAGUCCACCAAGACCUCCUUAGUCUUGUUCAGGACCAGAUUGUUGACCAGGUGAUGGAUCUCCUCUCUGUAGUGAUCAUUUUAUUAAAAAAAAAGAAAAGAAUAGGAAAUGAACAGAUCGAGACUAUAGUUUUACAUGAAACUAAAUCAGUUACUCAGGGUUUUUUUAAUGCCAAAAAGAGAGAUAUGAGUUUAGGAGACAACUGCUGAACAAGUUUGGCUAAAUCUUUCACUAGGGUUGUGUUUUUCUUGUGUUAUGAUGUUCUUCAUAGACUUCCAAUGUGUCAUUUUGAAUUCAGUUUACUUUUUAUACGUUCAUAAUCAUGUCAUUGGAUUUAUGGAUUUAUUCUGGCGUCGUGCAGCUGUAUGAAGUGGUGCGUUUAGAGGAAAACUGUAUUAUUCUUAUUAUUCUUACUAUAGCAAUGAAUCCCAAGCACUUAUAGAUAGUAAACACAUGAACACCAUCUCCAGUGCAACAAGUGGAGAGGUAACACAUCAGUCAGUCCAUCCUACUAUUGUUAAAGUUAACUGGGUGAAGCUCACUGUUAAAUAUAAUAAGGCGAGUAUAUGGCUUUUCUAUAUGUUAAUUUUUUUGGUAAUAUGUGUUUGCAUUAGCCAGUUAUGCUGCAGUAUGGAAGAUUUUUAUUAAUGUUUUUUUAAACACUUUUUCUGCUUUUACUACACUUUCACUUGCCAAAAUUAUGCAUACACCCUAAAUACAGCUCAUAUACUAUUUCAAAUUAUCCUGUUUUUUACUGUCAUGACAUUAUAAUACACUAUGAAAUGAGAACGCCGGUGGAGCAGUUCUCUAGUCAGUUACUGGUUAACAGGCUUAGCAAAGGCUCACUUGGAGAAAGAAGAAAGUUUUUGGUCAUAAGUUCUGUGGUCGGACGAGAAGAUAAUGGAGUUGUUUGGAGACACCAUUCCCACGGUCUAGCAUGGUGGUGUUUUGGGGAUUUUUUUUGAUAAUGGACAAGGCAAUCUCUUCAAAGUAAAUUCCAUCAUGAGAGAAGAGGACUAGAUUAAGAUUUUGGAGGAAAACUUCAGAGAAUCUGCAACAAAUCUCAGCGUUGGGCAGCAUUGGAACUCCCAGCAAGACAACAAUUUGGAACAUGCAGACACAGUAGUUAUAAAAUAAGGUCAACAGAAUACAAAAAACACCAAUACUUUGGAGCAACCAGAGUCCAGAACUGAAUCCCAUCAAGAAGCUGUGAUGGGAAGGAAGUCUUCCAACCUCAAAGACCUGGAGAUCAUCGCAAGAGAGGAGUGAUCCAAAAUCCCAGUGGAGAAAUUCAAAGAGCCUCUUUGUCAAUGUAAGGACCAUUUGAUUGAUGUGGCAAAUAAAAGCGUUUGAAUUCA